CCAUAUCUUGUUUAGGUCAAGCUAUUUCAACAUAGCUUAAUUGUAAUCAAAAAGAUAAAGAACUUUUACAAAAACUGAUGGAUCUCAGCCGUCUAAUGUGUGACAUACAGCAUAGCGACUCCAAGACUAGACGACACUUCAUUCUAAGUGCUUUAAAGAAGGAUAUGAAGGAAUAUCUUACAAACACAAAAGUUGAUACCUUCUUAUUUGGCUAUAAAUUGGCUGAAACAAUAAAAUCGACCGAAGCUGUUAACAAAUCAGACAUAGACCUAAAGGUGGUUUCUGAUGGUACCAAAAACCUGCCAAGAAGAACCGACAUUCUUCCUUCAAGGCCUUUAAACCGGAGAGCUCCAGCACCGGCACGCAAGCAGCCGGGCAUGGGAGCGAGAUUCCGUCAGCCUGGCGCAGCACGACCCUUGAUUCUCCCAACGCAGCCGGCUGGGCACAUAGCGACGUCGUGGGGUCCACCACCACCGCAGCCGCCGUCGCCACCUCCUCCGACACAACAUCCACGUCGUCGUUACUACGUACGUCGUUACUAGAUACGUAUA